GUAGAAGACGCGGUCUUGUGUGCGGCCGCAUUUCCAUUUUCUGUGAAGAGCUGAGCGAAAUGGAAAGAAGGGGCGCUGCAUUUUUAGCACUAUGCUGAGAUCCCAGGCAGCAUUCUCACCAUGCUGGAACUGGGCUCCUGUUCGGUCAGUAAUCAUUCUCUGACAGGGGACCACAAUGCAGCCCCUGCAGGACCAGAGUGUCCAGUGGGUGGUCUGGGCAUGGUGGCGAUUUGUGGAAAAAGUAGGCACCACAUCCACCACCCAUCCCCGGUGGAUUGUGAGAGUUGGCAGAAGCAUCGUACCGGACUGGCCAGAGGGUGUUCUGAGUCCCACUCUCUCCUUGAGGCCCAAAGUCUCUCAACCAGCUAUGACACCCUCUACCUCCCACAUUUGUCGGGCCAAGUUCACCCUCUGAACCCGAACCGCCUGGGCCUCUCUCUUGAUGUGGCCUCGACUUUUGACGUCGGAGGGGGGAUGCUGGGGGUGGAUGGCGACAUGGUAGUCAGUCCCAAUGUGAUGAAGAGACGACGCGGCGGCCUGAUUGAGCAGAAGGACAUUGUAAAGGCGCACCAGGCUCACAAGAUACACAGCACGCCACAGGCACGGCGCAAGGAGUGGGAAAUGGCCCGGUUUGGAGACGACGUCCCGGGCUUGUUAAGCUCAGGGGAUGGAGGGUCCGAGCGCAACCGGAACCGCGAUGGCGCGGCCGUGUCCACAGGUGGCAUCUCCCCAGCAUUCAAGCAGACCAAAGCGCAGCGUGCCCGCACAAUGGCCUUGUACAACCCCAUCCCUGUCAGGGAGAACUGCUUCACCGUCAACAGGUCUCUCUUCAUCUUUGGCGAGGACAACAUAGUCAGGAAGUACGCCAAGAAAAUCACUGAGUGGCCGCCGUUCGAGUACAUGAUCCUCGCCACCAUAAUUGCCAACUGUAUUGUUUUGGCUCUGGAGCAGCACCUUCCUGGAGAGGACAAAACACCCAUGUCCAAGAGACUGGAGAAGACGGAGCCCUACUUCAUUGGGAUGUUCUGUUUCGAGGCUGGGAUAAAGAUCAUCGCCCUGGGUUUUGUUUUUCAUAAAGGAUCCUACCUUAGGAAUGGCUGGAACGUCAUGGACUUCAUUGUCGUCCUCAGUGGGAUCCUGGCUGCAGCAGGGGCGCAUAUGAACAUCUCAGUGGACCUCAGGACUUUGAGGGCAGUGCGAGUGCUUCGACCCCUCAAACUGGUUUCAGGCAUCCCCAGUCUGCAGAUUGUCUUGAAGUCUAUAAUGAAGGCCAUGGUCCCUCUGCUGCAGAUCGGCUUGCUCCUGUUUUUUGCAAUCCUCAUGUUCGCAAUCAUCGGCCUGGAGUUUUACAGCGGAAAACUGCACUCCACCUGCAAACCACAGCCUGGAAUACUCGGAAAUGAGACGGUGGACUCCUCUGAGUUUGAAUUCCCGUGUGGCGUGCGUCACUGUCCAGCCAAAUACACCUGCCGCGAUACUUGGAUUGGCCCAAACGAUGGCAUCACCCAGUUCGACAACAUUCUGUUUGCUGUUCUCACUGUCUUCCAGUGCAUCACCAUGGAGGGAUGGACCACUGUGCUCUACAAUGCUGACGAUGCCUUGGGCCCGAGCUGGAAUUGGCUCUACUUCAUCCCGCUCAUUAUCAUCGGCUCUUUUUUUGUCCUGAACCUGGUGCUGGGAGUUCUCUCCGGGGAAUUUGCCAAAGAAAGAGAGAGGGUGGAGAACCGCAGGGCCUUUAUGAAACUGAGACGCCAACAGCAGAUUGAGAGAGAGCUCAAUGGAUACCGGGCCUGGAUCGACAGAGCAGAGGAGGUGAUGCUUGCUGAGGAGAAUAAGAAUCCAGGACCCUCCGCUCUCGAUGUGUUGAAGAGAGCAACGACCAUCAAGAGGAGAGGCCUGGAUGUGGUGCAUCGUGGGCAAGCAGGGGAGGAACAAUAUGGUGACAUCUCCUCUGUAGGCAUCCCCAUGGCCAGAGCAAGUAUCAGGAGUGCCAAGCGAGGUCCUACAGCCUAUUUCCGCCGCAAGGAGCGCCUCCUGCGUAUCUCCAUCCGCCGCGUGGUGAAGACGCACACUUUCUACUGGACCGUGCUUGGCCUUGUGGCCCUAAACACGCUAUGCGUGGCCAUCGUUCAUCACAACCAGCCUCUCUGGCUGUCCAACUUCCUCUACUAUGCAGAGUUCCUGUUCCUCGCUCUGUUCCUGACCGAGAUGUUCCUGAAGAUGUACAGCUUGGGACCGCGGCUCUACUUCCACUCUUCCUUUAACUGCUUUGACUGCAGUGUAAUUGUUGGCAGCAUCUUUGAAGUGCUGUGGGGUUUCUUCAGGCCUGGCACUUCAUUUGGCAUCAGUGUCCUCCGUGCGCUCCGUCUGCUGAGGAUCUUCAAGAUUACUAAGUACUGGGCGUCUCUGAGGAACCUGGUCGUGUCUCUGAUGAACUCCAUGAAGUCCAUCAUCUCUCUCAUUUUCCUUCUCUUCCUCUUCAUCGUUGUGUUCGCACUCCUCGGCAUGCAGCUCUUUGGUGGCAGGUUCAUCUUUGAAGACUAUACCCCAACAAACUUUGACACCUUCCCUGCAGCCAUCAUGACCGUCUUUCAGAUCCUGACUGGAGAGGACUGGAAUGAGGUUAUGUACAAUGGUAUUCGCUCUCAAGGAGGAGUCAAGUCUGGCAUGUGGUCCUCCAUCUACUUCAUAGUGCUCACUUUGUUUGGAAACUACACUCUGUUGAACGUCUUCUUGGCCAUCGCUGUGGAUAAUCUUGCCAAUGCGCAAGAACUGACCAAGGAUGAAGAGGAAGCAGAGGCAGCUUUCAACCAGAAACAUGCUCUCCAGAAAGCCAAGGAGGUCGGACCGUUGUCCUCCUUUAUGUCUUCAGAGGGAAGCCGAAGGCGGCGGCCCUACCUGUACAGAAAACGAGCCAUCCACCGCAGCCGGCCUACCUACUCCUGCUCCCUGGAGGAGAACCCGGGGAGCAUCAGGGAGGGCCGUCCACUCCCACCACUCAACCCCUCUAACUCUUUCAUGUCUAGGAGAGAGAGAAGAAAAAGGAUGACUAUGUCAGUGUGGGAGCAGAGGACCAGCCAGCUGCGCAGACACCGCCAGAUGUCCAGCCGAGAGGUCCUAUACAGCACCCCCAGCGAGGACAAGGAUGGUUCUCCUGCUCCAGCCCAGGCCCUGCAUGGACAUCCACUGUCGCUGCACUGCAAGACCGUGCAGCACACGCCGUCUGGGAGCUUGAAACGCCUGACAGAUCCCUCAGCAUCCCCAUCCAAGAACCAGGCUGUAGGCUCAACUGUGCCUGUGGACACACCUCUGGGUGCCAUGCUGUCCGGCGAAAUACCAGAACCCCCAGAGUCAAUGGAUCCCAAAAAAGUUCCUCUGCCUGAUGUGACUGUGGCUAUGACCAUACCAGAGCCACCUGAACCUGAGAGUGGAAAACUCGCUGUCAGCCAGAGUCACAACAGCAUCAGCGAGCGUCAAAGCCCACGGCUGAAUGGUGAUCGCCAACAUAGGGCAGUGAAGAAGUUCAGACCCCCGGAGAACGUUGACACACUGACUCCUGAGAUUGGAGGUUUUGGUGGGAUCAGGGACAGGAGGUUACAGCAACACUGCGACCAUAAGAGAGGAGCCAGAAGUCAGGGAAGAUCUACCGGGAACGAUGUCCAUUUGGCAAGCCGCUCAACCAGCAGAGGGAAGCUCGAAGAGGAGGAGGAGGAGACCAAAACAGAGGUGGUGAUCAAACCUGAGGACAGCAGACAAGGUGAUCAGAGUGAAGAAGGGGACACAAAACCACCAAACAAUCAAAGCCACUCUGAUAACCCUUGUCCUACGAAGCAAGAGGAGGUUCCUCAGCACUCAGAUUUGUCCCCUCCUGCCAUUUCUGAGGACAAUAAAGACGACAAGAAUCCGGAGCAGGAUCAGAACAAACCUCAGCUCAGCUCCAGUGUGAUCAUUGAGGUGCCAAGUGUACAGUCGUGUCUGGAGCUUUCCACGAUCACAGUCAACAGUAAAGACCACGAAAUCUGUAAGUCAGAGAAGGAGGAGGCAGAGGUUACAAAUCCUGCCAACACUGUGACUCCAAACAGCAUGUUCAUCUUCAAACCUGACAACCCCGUUCGCCGAGCUUGUCACUAUGUAGUGAACCUGCGAUACUUUGAGAUGUCCAUCCUGCUGGUCAUUGCUGCUAGUAGUAUAGCACUUGCUGCUGAAGACCCUGUGGCUGCCUCCUCCGACUGGAAUAAGGUUCUGCGUUACUUUGAUUAUGUUUUCACUGGAGUCUUCACAUUUGAAAUGAUCAUUAAGAUGAUUGACCAGGGUCUGAUCCUGCAUGAUGGCUCCUAUUUCAGGGAUCUGUGGAACAUCCUCGACUUUAUUGUCGUGGUGGGAGCACUGGUGGCCUUUGCCCUCACCAAUGUUUUGGGAAAUAACAAAGGACGGGACAUUAAAACCAUCAAAUCUCUGAGGGUGCUGCGUGUCCUCAGACCACUGAAGACUAUUAAGAGACUUCCUAAACUCAAGGCAGUUUUUGACUGCGUGGUGACAUCUCUGAAGAAUGUCUUCAACAUCCUGAUAGUUUACAAACUUUUCAUGUUCAUCUUUGCCGUCAUUGCUGUGCAGCUCUUCAAGGGAAAGUUUUUCUACUGUACUGACAGUUCGAAGGACACAGAGAAAGACUGCCAGGGUUACUACAUUGACUACGGGAAAGACAAGAAAGAGGUGAAGCGAAGAGAAUGGAAGAGGCACGAGUUUCACUACGACAACGUCAUCUGGGCCCUUCUCACCCUCUUCACUGUUUCCACUGGAGAAGGAUGGCCACAGGUCCUGCAGCACUCAGUGGAUGUGACUGAGGAGGACAGAGGGCCCAGCCAUGGCAACAGGAUGGAGAUGUCGAUUUUCUACGUCAUUUACUUUGUUGUCUUUCCUUUCUUUUUUGUCAAUAUCUUUGUGGCUCUCAUCAUCAUCACCUUCCAGGAACAGGGGGAUAAGAUGAUGGAGGAGUGCAGCCUGGAGAAGAAUGAGAGGGCCUGCAUUGACUUUGCCAUCGGCGCCAAACCACUGACCCGUUACAUGCCGCAGAACCGUCACACCUUCCAGUACCGUCUGUGGCAUUUUGUGGUGUCGCCCUCUUUUGAGUACACUGUCCUGACCAUGAUCGCUCUCAACACGAUUGUACUGAUGAUGAAGUAUUACUCUGCUCCACCGGCAUACGAGGCGGUGCUGAAGCAUCUGAACACGGCUUUCACUGUCCUCUUCUCUGUUGAGUGCAUCCUCAAGAUCAUGGCAUUUGGGUUUCUGAAUUAUUUUCGAGACACAUGGAACAUUUUUGACUUUAUCACCGUCUUGGGCAGCAUUACUGAGAUUGUGGUCGACCUGCAGUUUGUUGAUACAUUCAACAUGAGUUUCCUGAAACUGUUCCGGGCUGCUCGUCUGAUCAAACUGCUGAGACAAGGCUACACCAUCCGGAUUCUUCUGUGGACAUUCGUACAGUCUUUCAAAGCCUUGCCCUAUGUCUGCCUGCUCAUCGCCAUGCUCUUCUUCAUCUACGCCAUAAUUGGCAUGCAGGUGUUUGGAAACAUAAAGUUGAACGAGCAGACUCACAUUAACCAGCACAACAACUUCAAGAGCUUCAGUGGCGCUCUGAUGCUGCUGUUCAGGAGUGCCACAGGGGAGUCAUGGCAGGAGAUCAUGUUGUCGUGUCUGGGGGGACAGCAGUGUGAGACGGACCCCUCUCUUACAUCAGAUCCGGAGGGAGGCUGUGGCUCGGACUUUGCCUAUUUCUACUUUGUCUCCUUCAUCUUCUUCAGUUCCUUCCUGAUGCUGAACCUCUUUGUGGCUGUGAUCAUGGAUAACUUUGAGUAUCUGACGAGAGACUCCUCCAUCCUGGGCCCUCACCACCUGGAUGAGUUUGUGCGGAUCUGGGGAGAGUAUGACCGUGCUGCCUGUGGUAGGAUCCACUAUAAGGAGAUGUACAAAGUUGUACGCACUAUCUCACCUCCCCUGGGCUUUGGAAAGAACUGCCCACACAGGGUGGCAUGCAAGAGAUUAGUCCUGAUGAACAUGCCCGUGGACGAUGACAUGUCUGUCCACUUCACCUCCACCCUCAUGGCCCUCAUCCGCACUGCUCUGGAAGUCAAGAUAGCCAGAGGCGGAGAAGAUAGAAAUCAGAUGGACCUGGACCUGCAGAAGGAGAUCAGUGUCAUCUGGCCUCAUCUCUCUCAGAAGGCGCUGGACCUGCUGGUUCCUAUUCACAAAGCCAGUGACAUGACCAUAGGGAAGAUCUAUGCUGCCAUGAUGAUCAUGGAUUAUUACAAGCAGAGCAAAGCUAAGAAGCUGCGACAGCAACUAGAGGAACAGAAACAUGCUCCUAUGUUCCAGCGUAUGGAUGCUUCCUCUCUGCCUCAAGAAAUCCUAUGCAAUGCCAAAUCGUUCCUUAGACACAAUCCUGGAUCUGCCCUCACCAGAGGUGGCUUUGUGGCGCUCAGCCCCAUUUCCCCCCAAGAGAUGUUUCUGCAGCCGCUGCCUCACUCUAUGGAAAAGGAGGAGGAGGUUGAUGAUGACUACCGUUCACCAUACCACCCCUACCACCACCCGCAUCAUCUCCAUCGACACCAUUUACACACACUGGUGCCAGAUGUAGCGGAGUUUAACCAAGUGAUUCAAGAGGCCGCGAAGGACCCAACAGUUCUUAAAACACCUCAGCGGACAGCAUCUAUCAGAGCAUCCUCCAUGCCCAGACUGGCUGUUGAUCCACAGCUGGGGAUGUCAGCGGAUAGUAAGCUAAUGAAGCGCUCCUUCUCCACCAUUGGUGACCAGUGUGUGAACGGCCUGUGGCAGGAACAACACUCUCUGGAGAGAGUCAGUCCUGACGACACAUACAGACCCCGGCAGAGGAGCUACAGAGGCCCAAGAAUCAACCACAAAGAGACAGUUAUUCAUGAGAGAGGGCGAUCUAAGGAACGGCGCCACCUACUGUCCCCUGACGUGUCACGCUGCAACUCUGAGGAGCGGAGCCAAGAUGCUUCAUGUGAGAGGAGACGGUCCCGCUCACCGAGUGAAGGACGUACUCACAACCUACAGAGACAGGUCAACCCAUCAGGCAGCCCAGCUCACACAGCCUCAGAGUCCGGUACUCCUCGUAAUCGACGCCAGUUGCCCCAGACACCCUCUCGCCCGAGGCCUUACAUCUCCUACUCCCCUCUGGUUUGCCAAGCCCAAAGCUCUCCCACACCAGUAACCUCGUCUGAGGCACAGACACAGGCUCAGGAUGGACCUGUCACUUCCACAGAUUCCUCACGGAGAGCUGACAAGGAGGCGGUCCCCCUAUCUGCAAGCCAAGGGUCAUCCGUAGGUCAAGUUUUAGCAAUGAGCCACCCAUCUCCUCACCGCUACAUCUCAGAGCCCUACCUCCCCUACCAUGAAGACCUUGGGGCUGGUGAGGCGGGUGAUCGGCAGGAGACCCUCACUUUUGAGACUGCCGUGGCAACCAGCCUGGGACGAGCCAACGCCAUAAACUCUGCCCCUCAGCUCAGACACUCCUGGCAGGUUCCUAAUGGGCAUUUCCAGAAGCACAUGGGCCAGGUGAGUCCAUCUGGAGCCAGCGAGUUGCUAAGUGACACAGAUGAGGACGACCGCUGCUAAAAAUGUACAGGACAGAAGUGGAAAGACUUGUCACCUCAGAGGCUGUAGCUCCUGUGCAGCUCUGAUAGCUUGUAUUCUCAGCACCGGUAGCAUAAGAGGCAGGACUGAGCAACACUGCUGUUUAUCUGGAUACCUGGCUGUGUGUCUCUCUCUGCAUCCUGCCCUUGCUUGUGUGUCUGUCAUGGCUAGAGGGAGAGUAUGUGUGUUUUUGUGUGUAUGCUCUUAAUAGAGGAACAUUUGCCAAAUCGGAUGAGUAGCAGAGACUUAAAGUACCAUGAGUAGCUCACUGAAGGCAAACCCACAUGGCCAAGCCUUUAGUGUUAGUGUUUUGAUCAAAUGUGGUGAGAUGUUGGUCCAAGGAGUUCAAUUUUCUUGUUCAAGAAAGUGAUUUAAGUGCAUUUUGUGUAGGUGCAGUACUGUGCAAAAGUGUCAGAGCAUCAGCAGCGUCGUCAGUUUAUGUGAUCAUUGGCAUUUGGAUUUGAAUAAUGUGACUGACAUAGACCUUUUUCACAGCAGAUAUUUUUCAACAUCAAAUAGUAGGACAAAUUGAAGUUAAUUAAGGCUCCACUCCAGCUUUAAGGGAGCCAGGGUCAAGUGUAAGGUUAGGUCACACUAAAUACUUUGUGUACUAAAAACUGUAGUACCUGUUUUUUUGUUGUUUUUGAAAAAGUGAUCGAGAAAUAAUUAUACUGUAUGGUCAUUGUAGCGUUGCUCUAAUGGUGAUUUUUGCACAGUACUGUACAAAUGUAACAUUGAAUGUAUGUCAGCUUGUUUUUUCUUAUGUUCAGGCCAUUUGAGGUGUUAGCUGUCAGGUUUAACUGUGCGUGCGUGCAACUGUAGCAAUGAAAUGAGGGUUGUUUUAGCCGGAUUCUAACGGACAACCAGCCAUUCCCAAGAAUUCAUGUUUACAAAACAAUAUCCUCACUCUUUGUGGACGUAAUGUGAGCUAAAUCUCCGUCCAGUGAUAGUCUAAUUAUUUUUCUGCCCUUUUGUAAAAACACAUUAAUAAGCACCGUACACAGACGUGUUGACAGAUGUUGAGCAGAUUACAGAGUGACAGAUGUUUUGUCUCAGGUACUAUAUCGGUUUUGUAACAUAUUAACCGAAAACCUUAAGAUGUUUUUCUUGGGCCUAAAACUCUGCAUGUCAGACACUGUCAGACACACACUGUCGUGCAUGUCUGCUGUGUCUGUGGACUGUAAUAGAUCACUGUAGGGCAGAGUGGGUGAAGCCAAACUCUUGCUUGUUCUCCACAUUGAUGUGCUGGAAAACCACCUGCUUCUGUUGUGAAGCCAUUUUGUUCCUGUACAUAGAGCCGAGGAUGUGUCUUCUCCUGGGAUGUUCCUUUCUCAUGAAUAAAUGAUGAGGAAUUCAAUGUAUUUUACUCAUGUCAUGCAAAUGAAUUCAACAAUAAGGAUGCGUUUGCAGAAGAUGAACCACGGUAUGGUUUUGUGUCAAACUGCCAAACUGUUUCUGUCACAUUGAAGUUUAUAUGUUUUGGUUCGUAGAAAACAAGCAUUGUGAUAUUCCCUGUGCUCCAGUGUUAUGGUAAAGUUCCACAUGCAUGAUCAUGGUGACGAGGACAAUGGGACACGUGUGAGAGAUGAGUCUGGUGAUUCUUGACUUAGUCUCUCCAUUACGUUUUAAUGAGAUUCAUUUCACCAUUUAAGUAAACAACAAACAGUGACAUGUUUAUACCUCCCAAUUUCCAGCUCACACCAUCAGUAUCUGCAAACACACCGUUGCCCCUGAAUAAGAUGUAUAUUUAUAUCAUGUGUUGUUGAGUUGUUCCAGUGUGUUGAGUUUGACAUGUUUUCUAAAAUGUGAACACAGGACAUAUGGAUAGGUGACAAAGGAAAAAAUAAAGAUGUAUUUUAGAAGAGAAGUGUGUUGACGUCAAAGGUCUCUUCAUACAGGUCAGGUUGAGGCUUCAGCCUGUAGUUUAUAGGACUUUGCUUUACAUGUACAGUGCAGCCUAGGACUUGAACUCAACGUCCUUCUGUACAGAACAGCCUAAUCUGUGCCUGGGGACACUCGCCCAAAGAGUUACCCAUCACGCCUGGAUUUGCUAGAUAGAGAUGCUUUCUGGAACAUUAUGUAGAAUAAACUGUACAAAAUAAAUCAAUGUUUAAUUGAU